CACGCCCCCAUCGUCCUGUCUUGGUAUAAGAAAGAGGCAACUUUGGAUAAUUGGGAACUUGAGAGUGGCUAUGGAAGGGGUCAUGGAGGAGGGGCGGAAGGGGGAAGCGGCGGCGUUUGAUUUCCCGACGUCGGUACAGUUAAAGGUCACGCGGUUGGGGUGGAUCGGCAUCGGUGUCAUGGGCGGCGCUAUGGCCAAGCACCUCCUCGCAGCUGGGUUCGCGGUCACCGCGUACGCUCGCAUGCCGGCCAAGGCGAAGUACCUUGUCACCGCUGGCGCGACCCUCACGGACUCGCCUGCGACCGUGGCUGUUGCAUCCGAUGUGGUGUUCACUAUGGUCGGAAACCCUGGUGACGUCCGCGAGAUCAUCCUGGACUCCGCCACCGGCGCCCUCGCGGGCCUCCGCCGCGGCCGCGUGCUGGUGGACUGCAUGAGCUCAUCUCCUUCCCUUGCGCGCGAGAUCGCCGCGGCCGCGCGCGUGGCAGGCCGCCACGCCAUCGACGCAGCAGUCUCCGGCGGCGACAUCGGCGCCCGCGACGGCACGCUUGCCAUCUUCGCCGGCGGCGAUGAGGCCGUGGUCGCCUGGCUCGCCCCGCUCUUCGCGCACCUCGACAGGCUGACCCACAUGGGCCCACCCGGCAGCGGGUAGAGCAGCAAGAUCGCCAACCAGAUCGGGGCCGGUGCGCUGGUGGGCCUCGGCGAGUCCGUGGCCUUCGCCAGCGCCGCGGGGCUCGAUGUGCCGCUGUACCUCGAUGUGGUGUCCAAUGGCGCGGCAGGCUCGCGCGUGAUGGACAUCUUCGGUGACCGCGUUCUGCGCCAAGAGUUUAGUGUCAGGAUCUUGAUGGAAGCACAGGCACAUAGUCUUUGACAUACACUUGUCAGCUGAGGUUCAUUGAAUCAAUUGCCAAUAAAAGAUUUUCUUUAGUGAAAAGGUACUGAUUUCCUGUACAGUAUUUUUCUUCAAUGUGUUCCAAUUCCUGGGCUUAACUUUAGACUAUUCCUCCGUAGAUUUCAAACAUGAUCAUUGAUCUAAGGUUGCUUAGGAGUAACCUCGAUGCUUCUUAGAUAAGAUUGGAAAAUUUAGGUUUAUGUCAUCGCUCUAAUUGCAUAAAUGUAGUAGUGUGUUCUGUUAACCAGAAGUAAGAUAGGCUAUUUUUGCGAUCUCAUAUGGAUGAUAUGAUUCACACAUGAAGCCCUUUAUAUUUAGAAAGCCCUUCAGUAAAACAUGAUUCUCUAAGAUGGAAUGUAGCAGUUAGUCCUAUCUAAGAAAACUUCAUCUUAUUUAAACCUUUUCUUCUCAAUGUACCAGUGAGAGAUCUAUGCAUGUUUAUAUAUUAAACUUUAGUGUGCAUAUUCAUAAAAAAUAUGUGAAGUUGCAAUCUGUUCAGAGCUAGAGAAUCACUGCUUAGUAGAUGAUUAUUGAAUAUCACCCGUGACCUGUGCUACAUGCUUGAUGUUAUCUCCAUAUCUUAAACUGAUCAAUCUACGGUUUGUAUUCAUUUGCAAGCAUAUAAUUCUUGUGCUACUUUGUGCUCUUAUGCAUCUCGAUUCAUGUACUGUGGUAUUUCUUACUUCAAUUAUACAAGGAGUAGUAGAUGCAAGUAGCACAACAUAGUUGCAUAAUAUUGGAUAUUGUGCAUACAAGUUAGGAACCGUUGCAACGCAUGGGCACUUUACUAUCAUUUUUACAUAUCAAUUCCUGUUCUAUUUUGAUUUUGAUUGCUUCAGAGAAAACUGCCCUGAUCCAAGACCCUGUUUUUCUCUAAUGUGGUACUCUAACAAUGGUUGCCUUACAGCAGUGUACACCCGUAUAUAACUGAUCUCCUGGAGAUUCUGUGUCAAGAUGUGUAUUGUUUGUUUGUCAGGUAUGCCCCUUCAUUCUUCCUUUUGUGAUCACAAGCAUCCAAGAUCCAAGUGAUUUUUCAAAGUAUAUUCUAAAUUGUUUUUACAAAUUUGAGAUUCAAAAGAAAGAAUAGUGAUGGAUUGUUGAAAGAGAAGAGUAUCGCAGUACUUACAAACAUUGUUAGCUGGUGCAGCGCUCCGGUAGUGAGCCCUGCAGAAGAGCGUGUUCAGGGAAGCCGCUCGAGCCAUUCGCCUCAUGAUGAAUGCCAUCAAACCCGUGAGUUCCUCAUUAUCCUAAUCCCCUAUUACCUGUGAAAAAAGGGGUUGGGCUCGGUAAUGUUACCUAUAAUAUUUAUGUCACUAUAAAAGUUAUUUUAGUUUUUUUUUUGUUUGUACCUACUUGGCUCAGGUAAGCAAGCACACAAGUAGUUUAUCAACUGACAGUUAAUGAUUUCUUUGGGGAUGAUAAUCUUCGUGAUUGUUCAAGGUAUGCAUUUUUGUACUUUACUGAUUUGUACCUAUCAAAGAGAAAGCUUUUCAUUUCUCUUCUGAUUUUAGCUGCUGUACCUGAUUUUUUUUUCUUUGUAAUCCCAUAACAUGCAUGAUAUGAAUGGCAGCUUUACAUGUACUUUUUUAUGUGGAAAUAUUUGAAUCAUCUUAGCCACUGCACAUUGUAUUGACAAAUGUUAAACAUCAACUACUCCAAUACGUAGACAGCUUCACUCAACUGCAUGUAUAUUUUUGUUUUUGGGGUGCUGGAAAUAGAUUCAGGUAAAAAUGACAUCAUUUUGCAGGCACUUAAAACUUAGAAGUUGAUCAAUGUUCCACUCAUAGUUUAUCAUUAAGUCUGUGGUUAUUCAUCAUGUUAAUGUCCCAGAGAUUACAUCUUCUCAUUCUAGUGUCCCGGAGCUGCGGACAGCCUUGAGGAAGGCCACGGAGUCUCUCACAGAGUGGCAGUGGGCGCCGCGCUUGGCGGCCGAGAAGUCAAGGAACUUGUCGGCCCAUGACGACUGUUGUUGGUGUUGAGCCCCUUUCGCCGUGUGCUGUGGCGGGAGCGGCAGCAUGGUUUAUGUAGCGGUUUUAUCUUUAUGCUUUCUAAUUUAAGUGAUGUUUAUUUAUCGUAGCAUCUUGUGUAUUGUAUUGUGCAUAGGCCAAAAAUGAUGUUUUCAUUGUCAAAAAAAUGGCCAGGUUUUUGUAAUUCUUCAUUUGCAUAUUUGAAUACCUUAACUCAGUAGUUUGGGUUCUGAAGUGUUGUUCAAUGUUAUUUGAGCGUUGUAAGA